GCGUCCGACGCAGGUUCUGCCGGUUAUGACUCGGGCAGAUCAGACACGCCCCAGUAUUCAGGUAAAAACAGUAUUGAAAUUCCGCUUCGUGGAGGACUCGAAGUGAUAGUACUCGACACCACCCAACUUCCGGAUGCAGAUGAGGUCAUCGGCAUUUUAACCCAGGAGGGUUCUUCUCCACGUGAAUGGAAUAACGUUGCACUGGCGUACUACAAAAAUAAACGAUUUGACGAGUUUGAGAAGGUUCUUGAAGCCGCCAAACAGACGGUUACCAAUGUGCCCCCAAAAUGGGAAAGUGAUGUUCUUCAAAUGUUUGACAUGCUCGCCAAUUAUUGUGACAGAAAGGCCGCAAAAGAGAACAACAAGGAGAAGCGUGCAGAAUUAAUUACCCGGGCAGCAACACUGUUUACAGCCGCAGACCGCAUUUCGAUGUACGAUCAAAACCAUUUACUUGGCCGUGCUUUCUACUUCAUUUACGAGGGCGAAAAAUGGAGUCAGGCUGAUAGCCAGCUUAAUUUCGUUCUUAAUCGACAAACUCUGCAUGUGCCGGCGUAUUUGGGCAAGGCUUGCAUUGCAUUUAACAAACAGGAGUACAAGAAUGCUCUCGGGUUUUAUCGCAAAGCACUGCGUCUCCAGCCAAAUUGUCCGGCAUCGGUUCGCUUAGGAAUAGGACAUUGCUUUGCGCGUCUAGGCAACCUAAAAAAGGCCAGAUUAGCCUUUCAAAGAGCCCUAGACCUUGAUCCGGAAAGUGUGAAGGCUCUUGUCGGGCUUGCGAUUCUUGAUUUGAACGAAAAGACUCAGGAGUCGAUUAAGCAGGGCGUCCAGAAGCUGUCAAGAGCUUACAACCUUGAUCCCACAAACCCGAUGGUACUGAAUCAUCUGGCGGAUCACUUCUUUUACAAAAAGGAGUACGACAAGGUCCAUCAACUUGCGAUGCACGCCUUCCACAACACUGAAAACGAGGCAAUGCGGGCUGAGAGUUGCUACCAGAUGGCGCGAGCUCUUCACGUGGAGGGUAACUACGACAAGGCCUUCCAGUACUACUACCUCGCCACCCAAUUUGCCUCUCCUUCCUUCCUCUUGCCAUUCUACGGCCUUGGUCAGAUGUAUUUGCAUCGUAACGACUUAGAACACGCGGCUAUUGCCUUCGAAAAGGUGCUUAAAGCUUACCCGAACAACUACGAGACGUUGAAAAUCCUCGGAAGCUUGUACGCACAAUCCAACAAGCUAGAUAAGCGAGCUCAAGCCAAACAGCUUUUCAAAAAAGUCACAGACAGCCAGCCGGAUGACGUGGAGGCAUGGAUUGAGUACGCCCAAUUACUGGAAGAGGACACUUCUGGUGCCCUCAAUGCCUACUUGAACGCCCUCAAUAUUCUCGAAGACUGUCAGCUCGAGGUGUCGCCGGAAAUCCUCAACAACAUCGGUGUCCUGUAUUUCAUGAAAAAUGAGCACACCAAAGCUGAAUCCUUCCUUAAUCGGGCCUACGAGCGCCUGUGUGAGGAACAGCUGCAGGACGAUGAGAGCAGUGGCACGGAUAAGCCCCCACGCAGUCUCACACCCGCGCCCCUGGUGAGCACUCUGACGGCUAGCGCGAUCGUCGAGUUGCAUCGGCGAACGGCCUCGGGCGGUGAGGGUGCUGCCUCCGACGACUACUACCACGACCUCUCUGUCACUGUGCGCUACAAUCAGGCGCGUCUGCACGAGGCCAUGAAUCGACCCGACCUCGCUGAGGGCGUUUACAAGUCUAUUCUCCUUCAGCACCCCACCUACACCGACUGUUACAUCCGUCUUGGUUGCAUUGCUCGCGAUCGUGGCCAAUUGCGGGACGCUUCUUUGUGGUUCAGAGAGGUUUUAGAGAUUAAUCCUGACAAUCCGGACGCCUGGACGCUGAUUGGUCUGCUGCAUCUGAACAAGGGCGAGGUGGAGCUGGCGCAAAAGAAGUUCGAGCGUAUCGUGCGCCAGGCGAAGUACCGUGCCGACGCGUUCUGUCGUAUCAUCCUCGGCAACAUCUGGCUUCGCACGCUUCACCAUCAAAUGCGCGACAAGGAUCGACGCAAACGCCACGAAGAGCGCGCUCUCUCCUGCUACAAAGCGGUGUUGAGCGCCGACCCGAGGAACAUAUGGGCAGCCCACGGAAUAGGCUGCGUGCUAGCGCACAAAGGCUUCAUCAACGAGGCUCGCGACGUCUUCGCGCAGGUACGCGAGGCCACGGCCGACUUCCCGGACGUCUGGAUGAACAUCGCCCACGUCUACGUUGAGCAGAAGCAGUUCACGGCGGCCAUUCAAAUGUACGAAAAUUGCAUCCGCAAAUUCAACAGGGAGAACGACACCGAACUCUUGCUAUACCUGGCGCGAGCCUUCUUCAAGGCAAACCAACUGAAGGAGUGCAAAACCAUCCUCCUGAAGGCGCGCCGUGUUAAACCCUGGGACCCCUUGUUGACCUUCAACCUGGCUCUGGUGCAGAAACGCAUGGCUGUUCUGGUGUUGAAGGACGAAGCGAGCAGCUUUGCCGCGGUGUGUGAGGCCAUUUCUGACCUCAACAUGGCACGAUGCACAUUCGAGUACCUCGCCAAGUCGAGCGAAGUGGUGAACCAGGCCAUGGCCGGCGACGAAGCACGUGCCUGUCAGGACCUUCUGAGCCAGGCGAAGUACCAUCUGGACCGCGCGAAGACCAGGGAGGAGCGAGAACGUAUCUUCCGCCAACAGCAGGCACGUCCAUCUACACCAAGGAAUUGUGAGGAGGAGCGAGAAGCUCAGCGUCAGAAGCAGGCGGAGCUGCAGGCCAAAGCCGAGGCUCUGCGACUUGAACGCGAGCGUCGACUGGAGGAGGAACGCGGCAAGUUCAUCGAAAAGGCCAAGCAAAUCAACAUCGAGUCCACAGCACUGGACAAGAAAACGCGCAAGAGUGCCGGUGGAGGCGGGAAGAAGCGUCAUGCGGAGGAUGACUUCCUCGACGAUGGUGACAGCAGCGACGAUGGUGGUGCUCAAAAGGCGCCCGAAGACGUCGCUGAAGGGGGCGAGGUACACCACUCCAAGAAGACCAAGAAGACGAAGAAGCCGCGUUUCGAGAGCAAGAAAUCCUCCAAGCACCAUGACCAUCACCACCGCGGUGUUGAGGAGAGGCACUCGGCUAAGCACCGUGGUCGUGUGGUGAGCAAGGCAGUCAUCAGCGACGAGGACGAUUCUGGCAGUUCGAGCGGAGAGGACUUGGACGCGGACGAGAAGAUCCACCGACAGAAGCUCCUUGAAUUGCAGCAGGAGCGUGCUAGAGAAGACGCUGGUGAAUACUCCGCCGAGGGGGCUUCACGUCAACGCCGCGUGAACGCGGCUUCUUUAAGUGGAAGUGAUGACGAGUCGGCGCCAUCUCCGAGAGCAGAAAAAAGAAAGAGCACGUCGCCCGAUAGUAAGGGCAGUGACGACGGCGAUGAUGGCGCACCAGAUGCCGUCGGGAAAGCGGAAACCGGCAACAAGCGGGCUCGUCUUUUGGAGAGCAGUGAGAGUGAGAGCAGCGAGCUUGAAGGCGACGCCCAACCGUCUCCAAUAAAGCGAGUCUCCGCGUGGUUGUCAUCAUCAUCUGACGAAAACGAAUAA